AUGCAAAGUGUAAAGAACAAGUGGAAGGAGCUUCUGUACUCCUUCAGUACCGAAGACCGCUACGCCGACUAUGCUGAAAGUCGUGAGGCUUCAGGGAUCCCAAGAAGGUCAGACCGUGGUCUUGCUUCCGGAGCCACGGGCGCUGCUUCUUCUUCUCAAAUUCAGCUCACAGAAUUUGUCGAGGGCCAAGAGCAUGGCACGAAUGACGGCGUAAGCGAGGCAAUGCUGGCCUGGAGACACAUCGACGCUUGGGCUUCGGAACACCACCCCGACCUAUAUGCUACCCUGAGCGAGCCAUGUACGCGUUCCGACGUGUCCAGAGCCGAGAACGACUUGUCUGUCUCUCUCCCAGCUGCAGUCAGAGCUUCAUUCCGCCUGCAUGAUGGUCAAGAAGACCUGGAGUCGCUAACUGGCACUUCGGGUAUCAUCUUCGGUCUUCAGCUCAUGCCUCUCGACCAAGUGGUGAAUAUGACUCAGACUUGGAGAAGUGUGGCUGCUAACAUGCAAAAACACAACAAGGCUCUCUUCAAUGACACGGGGUCACUGUCAGCAACUGCCUCUGGUUCUAAAGUAGAAGUUCCCAACCAAUCUGCCACUCCGCAGACUUUAAAAGCCAAAGGCUACGGCAAACUUGAAACACAGGACAUUCAAAGUGCAAACCCCAAUCUGCAAAAUGAUAUCUCCAACAACUACAAUAAGCAGUUCAAGCUGAAUUCCAUCCCAAGGCAAACCUCUAUUCCACGGGAUACGAUUCAGCCAGUAUACGCUCAUCCUAGUUGGAUCCCACUAGUCACGGACAAUGCCGGAAACCACAUUGCUGUAGAUUUAGCCCCUGGUCCUGAUGGCCACCACGGGCAAAUCAUAUUAUUUGGCCGAGAAUUCGACACCAAAUUUGUGGUUGCCAACAAUUGGGGUGACUUUUUACUGAACUUUGCAAAUGACCUAGAGAAGGGCAACUGGUAUAUCAUGGAUGGCGAUGACGAUUAUCUCAGCGGAGAAGGGGAGUUGGUUUUUAGAGAUAAGGGCGCCGGAAAUACAAUCAAGGAUUACUUCGAGGUGUUGAAAAGGAGAGCACACACCGCCUGGAUGCGCCAAGAACAAAACAGGUCUCAGGUAAACGGUUCCAAACCUGAACCUCGUGACAUUUCGCCCGCACCAAAUGAACAAGAGACGACUGUUGUCACUGAUUAUCAAUUGUCGGCUGAAGAAAACGCAACGACAGAAAAGGAGUCGAACCAGUUGGGCGUGGCGGGAACAUCGGUUAUGCCUACCCAAGCAUCUUUAAUCGAUGUAGAACCUUCACCUGUUCCUGGGUCGGCAUCUGCAGCGGAUAUUGAGUCGAAAUCAGUACAAGAGGGUUCUGAUCUCAAAAGUCCGACCGCCGCUAACUUGGAACAACCAGAAAUUGCAACAAAAGAAGGUCAAGAAAUGCCAGGAAAUUCCACUGAGGAUGAGGCCAACAAUGCCAAUGACCAACUUCAAUCCUCCGUUGACGAACACGAUAACGUGAAGGGGCUCAAAGAAGAGUUUGAAAAUGUUGCCCUUUAG